GNGGAUUACAUAGGAUCCAUUCAAGACUCCUAUUUCAAUGAAUUGCUGAAGAAGUGUGGAAACCGAUAUUGCUCACUGGACAAUAGAGCAAGUGGAGCUCAGAGGGAUGCCCAGGUUUCAGAGCUGAUGGCCAUGAUCUUUGGCAUGAUGCAAGAGAAUGGAGGCACCCACUACACCAAAGAUUUAUAUAAAUCUGUGGAAGCAUAUCUCCAGAAGAAGACAAGGGAAAGUGUGGAAUACAUCAAGGGACAGUAUGAGAGGGAAAUAAAAGAAAUUAGGCAACAGAGUGGGACAUUUGCUCAUCAAGAAGAGAUGAAAAAAAGGCAGGAAGCCGAAAAUAACUUCCAGAGAAGUAUUGAGGAAGCCCGGAGGAAGGCUGAGCAGGAUAAGGAUAUAGUUUCCCAAGUGGUUGAGUUUAUUAUGGCCAUUGUUGCAACAUGCUUUCUUAAGAUAAUCUUCCUGUAG